AAACAAGCCGAUCAGCUGAUGAAACUGUGAACAACAUCUAGCUGUUGGGCAGCGAAAUUAUCCUUACAAGAUAUAUAUAUAUUUUUUUUAAAUACAACGGUAUCUUUGUGAUUGACACUGCAUACCAUGUUUGUUUAUUAAAAGAGUAUUGCGUUGUUUUGUAUGUAGAAGGUGAAGGAACGUGUUUAGGUUAGGAAACAUCUGGGCAAUCUAGCUAGUUUCUUGUACUAACUAGGUCAAUAUUUUUGGCUUGAUGAAGGCUUUUGUUGAUGUGUUGGUUCUUGAGAAAUGGGUCGUUUCAGUUGAUGUAGAGUAACUGACAAAUAUGUAAGUGUUUUCUUUUUAUAUAUAUUCAGAUUUGUUUUUGCACAGAGUCACCGUUGUCAAUUUCUACUCUCAAAGUCACUUAGCCAACAACAACGGCUAAACAAACACUAGGCUAGCUAACGUUAGCUAAUGCCAAUGUUAUUGGUGGUUGACAGCUAUCGAUUGCUUGCAGGUGGUGCUAGCUGCAUGUCUGGACAUGUAUGUAGGAAAUCGUUGUGAUUGUUUUGCUGACAGACAGACAGAUCUGUAACUUAGAGUAAUUUGAUGUCAAAGUGAUCUGUCACAGUUCAUUUUGAAAAUUGAUCUGUGUAAGAAAUUGUAUUAGUUAUUGGUAACUUGUUUUAACAACUUCUCAACAUUACCUAUAAGUUGACACAACAUACACACCCCCUCUUUCUCUUGGACAUAUGCUGGACACAUAGGACAUAUACACGGCACCCACAAUUCCCCUCCCCCAUGACAAUCAUACAGACACACCCAACCCAUGGUUGGACCUCAGGACAAAGAACUCUCAGGAACCAAUGGAACGUGGACACCAGGCCUGAUCAGGACUACCCAAGACCCAGAUCGACCAACUGGAAGGCCGGACUCGCAGAUCUACCUACUUUGCUUGUUGUCUAUAUAGUACUGAACAUUUCUGGAAACUCCCUCUUUUCCGGACGAUUCACUAGGAGUCAGAUUGAAAGAGCCUUGCUGCAAGAUUUUACUAAGAUAUCUUUACAUGUAAUUAAACGGCCUUAUUAUAUAAUUAUCCACCUCGUCCUAUUGUCUCCUCUUGUUCUCCUGUCAACAGUAAACGUUUCAUUAACAUCUGCUAAGUGUUUUGGGGAGUAUAGAAGAGGCACUACUACCAUAACGUACUGUAACGACCCUGUGUUUAUAAGCGCGGAAAUCGACUCUGCCGCUCGAGCAUGCUUUUGCGGCACAGUCGAUAGCGCGCCGGACGGGCUAGGAGGUCGAGGGUUCGAGACCUGCUCCCUGCCUGUUUCAUUACAUUGGUGUCAGAAGUACACAGGGUCGUUACAGAGUACUAAAGAAGAAAACAUUUAAAUCUUUAACAUCUUAUAGACUAUAGCCAUAAACAUAUUCUACAUCAGUCUGGUUUCGUUAUCCUCGUGUAGUUUUCGACUCUUCAGCAACAGUUCCUCGGGCACAGAUUAUCGGCAUAAAGGCGCACUUGUUAGCAGUACCACACCGAAUUGUUAAUUAUGAGUGGUCAAGGUCCGUCUGUAGAUAAGGGGAUGAACACCAUCCUGGUGUGUCAGGAGAGCUACGCCUGCGGCGGCUCAGACGAGGCCGCCUUCGAAUGCGACGAGUGCGGCAGCCUGCAGUGCGUCCUUUGCGAGCUUGAGCUCCAUCGUCAGGAACGCAUGAGGAAUCAUGACAGGGUCCGCAUCGCCCCGGGACACGUUCCUUUCUGUGACUCCUGUAAAGGGAACAACAGCGGCUUUGGCGUGAACAGGAGCAGGCUGAGGGCGGUGGUGCGCUGCCAGGGCUGUAAGAUGAACCUCUGUUUGGACUGCCAGAAGCGGACCCACAGCGGGGUGAAUAAGAGGAAGCACCCCGUGACCCCAUACCCUCCUCCGGUGAAAGCCCAGGAUAGUAGCCUGGAUACUGGGGAUGGAGGAGAGAUGGAGGCCCUGAAAGCAAAACUGGAGGAGGUGUGCAACUUCUUACUGGUGGAUGAGAAGGAGGAGAUGCAGUUAAAGGAUGAGGAAGACUUUGUGAGCCGGCUGGACUGCAGGCCAGAGGAACUCCUCAAGGUCGUGUCUAUCUUUGGAAACACGGGGGAGGGGAAGUCCCACACCCUGAAUCACACCUUCUUCCUGGGGCGAGAGGUGUUCCAGACAUCCCCCACCCAGGAGUCCUGCACCGUGGGGGUCUGGGCUGCCAUGGACCCCAUCCACAGGGUGGUGGUGAUCGACACAGAGGGACUGCUGGGGGCAGGAUCCAAUCAGGGCCAGCGUACCCGGCUGCUCCUCAAAGUCCUUGCCAUCUCCGACCUCGUCAUCUACCGUACCCAUGCCGACCGUCUCCACGACGACCUGUUCAAGUUCCUAGGUGAUGCUUCGGAAGCCUAUCUGAAGCACUUCACCAGGGAGCUGAAGGCCACUACGACCCGGUGUGGCCUGGACGUCCCUCUGUCCACUCUGGGACCAGCUGUUAUUAUCUUCCAUGAGACCGUCCACACCAAGCUACUGAGCUCAGACAACCCAUCAGAGUCUGCAGAGCGUCUGCUCCAGGAGCGUUUCAGGAAGUUGGGUCUGUUUCCCGAGGCCUUCAGCUCCAUCCAGUACCGCGGGACUCGAACCUACAACCCCCCGACAGAUUUUAGUGGUCUGCUGCGUAGCCUGGAGCAACAGUUAGAUAACAACACUACCCGCUCACCUCGUUCCGCAAGCGUCAUAUACAGAGCCCUGCAGGCCCUGAGUGAACGUUUCAGUGGGGAUAUCCCAGAAGAGCACCUGGCCAGUAACUCUUUCUUCCCUGAUGAAUACUUCACCUGCUCUGGUAUCUGUCUCAGCUGUGGGUCUGGCUGUGAGAACAGUAUGAACCACCUGAAGGAGGAAGUGAACCACGAGGCUAAACACCGCUGUCGCUACUCUGCUCAGUAUGACAACCGUAUCUACACUUGUAAGGCGUGCUAUGAGGGAGGGAAGGAGGUGAUUGUGGUUCCCAAGGCGACAGCCUCCUCUGACUCUCCCUGGUUUGGUCUGGCCAUCUAUGCCUGGUCAGGGUAUGUGAUAGAGUGUCCCAACUGUGGGGUGAUCUACAGAAGCAGGCAGUACUGGUACGGGAACCAGGACCCAGUGGACACAGUGGUCAGGACUGAAAUACAACACAUCUGGCCUGGGUCAGAUGGUUUUCUGAAGGACAACAACAAUGCAGCUCAGAGACUGUUGGACGGUGUGAACUACAUCUCCCAGAGUGUGUCAGAGCUCAGUGUGAAACCUGCCAAAGCUGUCACUUCCUGGCUCACCGACCAGAUCGCCCCGGCCUACUGGAAACCCAACUCCCUCAUCCUGAAAUGUUGGAAGUGCAGUGAGGUGUUCCAGGACAACGAUACUAAGCAUCACUGCCGUGCCUGUGGAGAGGGCUUCUGUGACGGCUGCUCCACCAAGAACCGUCCCGUUCCAGAGAGGGGCUGGGGACUCGCACCCGUACGGGUCUGUGAUGCCUGCUUCCAGAACCGGGGCAUCUCAGAAGAGCUGCUGGAUGCAGAGUUGGAGGAGGAGGAAGGAGGGACACUCAGUAGAAGAGUAGGAGAGGCUGUUCAGAAUACACUGGGAGCUGUGGUCACUGCUACAUACAUCCCUCUGGGUCUGAUGAAGGAUGCAGCUCGUCCAGCCUACUGGGUUCCAGACCAGAACAUCCGGUGCUGCUGUGAGUGUCAGAGAGACUUCUCCGCUCCGCGUCUCUCCAUCCACCACUGCAGGGCCUGCGGCCAGGGCGUGUGUGACGACUGCUCCCCUGAACGCAGAGCGGUGCCCUCUAGGGGUUGGGACCACCCGGUGCGGGUCUGCAACACCUGCCACCAGAAACCAGGGGACCUCUAGCAGGAGACGGGGGGGGGGAGAACACAUUGGCAUCCUAUUUCCUAUAAACCCUGGUCAAAAAUAGUAUACUGUAUAUGAACUAGGGGGCCAUUUGGGACACAGACAGAGACAGUCCAGGGUUGUGUUCAUUAGGUAUGAAAUUGAAGAAAUGUUUUGCUACGGUGUGCCUUAAUGAACACGGUCCAGGUUCUACCUAACAGCUGUGGAGCUGGUGGAACACCCCUCUCUCUGUGGCUGCAGUGGUUCAGCCCAGUUUUGAAGGGAAUUCUUCUUACUCAUUGUGAUGUCAUCAGUAGUAAGGCUGGGACGUGACGUCAGAUGUCCUGACUUUGUCCUCAGUUCUUCCAUCCUUACAGGACACCUUUUAAUCCCUUUACUGCACUGUUUCACUUUAUCCUGCCUGAAUUCUCUCUCUCUCACACACACACAGAGAGAGAUUUAUAUUAAUGCACACAGAAGAAACCAGAAGUCUUUGAAUGACCUCGACCUAGUAGACCACCUGUACUGUACCUGACAACAGUAUCUGAUACCACCUGUACUGUACCUGAUACCACCUGUACUGUACCUGAUACCACCUGUACUGUACCUGACAACACUACCUGAUACCACCUGUACUGUACCUGACAACACUACCUGAUACCACCUGUACUGUACCUGACAACAGUAUCUGAUACCACCUGUACUGUACCUGAUACCACCUGUACUGUACCUGAUACCACCUGUACUGUACCUGACAACAGUAUCUGAUACCACCUGUACUGUAUCUGAUACCACCUGUACUGUACCUGAUACCACCUGUACUGUACCUGACAACAGUAUCUAAUACCACCUGUACUGUACCUGAUACCACCUGUACUGUACCUGAUACCACCUGUACUGUACCUGACAACAGUAUCUGAUACCACCUGUACUGUACCUGAUACCACCUGUACUGUACCUGACAACAGUACCUGACACCACCUGUACUGUACCUGACACCACCUGUACUGUACCUGAUACCACCUGUACUGUACCUGAUACCACCUGUACUGUACCUGACAACAGUAUCUGAUACCACCUGUACUGUACCUGACAACAGUAUCUGAUACCACCUGUACUGUACCUGACAACAGUAUCUGAUACCACCUGUACUGUACCUGACAACAGUAUCUGAUACCACCUGUACUGUACCUGAUACCACCUGUACUGUACCUGACAACAGUACCUGAUACCACCUGUACUGUACCUGACAACAGUACCUGAUACCACCUGUACUGUACCUGACAACAGUACCUGAUACCACCUGUACUGUACCUGACAACAGUAUCUGAUACCACCUGUACUGUACCUGAUACCACCUGUACUGUACCUGACAACAGUACCUGAUACCACCUGUACUGUACCUGAUACCACCUGUACUGUACCUGACAACAGUAUCUGAUACCACCUGUACUGUACCUGACAACAGUAUCUGAUACCACCUGUACUGUACCUGAUACCACCUGUACUGUACUUGACAACAGUAUCUAAUACCACCUGUACUGUACCUGAUACCACCUGUACUGUACCUGACACCACCUGUACUGUACCUGACACCACCUGUACUGUACCUGACACCACCUGUACUGUACCUGAUACCACCUGUACUGUACCUGAUACCACCUGUACUGUACCUGAUACCACCUGUACUGUACCUGACACCACCUGUACUGUACCUGAUACCACCUGUACUGUACCUGACACCACCUGUACUGUACCUGACACCACCUGUACUGUACCUGAUACCACCUGUACUGUACCUGAUACCACCUGUACUGUACUUGACAACAGUAUCUAAUACCACCUGUACUGUACCUGACACCACCUGUACUGUACCUGACAACAGUAUCUGAUACCACCUGACUAAGAGGAACUAGGAGACAACAAUUAAGCAAUAAGGCCCGAGGGGGUGUGGUAUAUGGCCAAUAAACCAUGGCUAAGGGCUGUUCUUAGGCACGACGCAACGCAGAGUGCCUGGAUACAGCCCUUAGCCGUGGUAUAUUGGCAAUAUACCACCAACCCCCGAGGUGCCUUACUGCUAUUAUAAACUGGUUACCAACGUAAUUAGAGCAGUAAAAACAAAUGUUUUGUCAUACCCUUGGUAUAGGGUCUGAUAUACCAUGGCUGUCAGCCAAUCAGCAUUCAGGGCUCGAGACACCCAGUUUAUCAUACCUGAUACCACCUGGCUAAGAGGAACUAGGAGAGAAGAGGAGGAGCAUCGGAGAGGAAAGAUGAUCUGGAGGAAGGAAAAGAUCACUGUGCUCUCGUCUUUCUGCUUCGGUCCUCAUCCUUCAGCAUCGCGCUUGUCAUAGCUUAUACUGUCUGUCCAUAUAUGAUCCUUGGCUUGAAAAGGAAUCACAACCGUUAUGUAGCAGCAUAGAUGCAUUCCAUGUUUAUGAUGAUUAGCUUAAUUAACUACCGACUACCACAGUGUGACUGGCCCACAGCACAGAAUGUAGAAUAACAUGGAAGGAUAUGAACACACUUUGGGGCCGGAGCCUUAAACAUAAUAUACAUUCAAUUCAUAGUGUAUAAUGUCACGUAAUCGUUACACUAUCCUCUCAGGCUGUGUAGCAGCCAGCCGUGCUCAAUAUGAUUAGCUGCAAUUAUGUAGUCUGGUCGCAGAUGUGUUUCUGCUGUCUUGCCUACUGGUAUGGGCAACGACCAUAGGAGUUGACAAGACGGCACAAACAGAUCUGGGACCCAGGCUAAGAAGUAUGGUGUCGGAGGAGAAUAACUGACUGGCAUCAGCUUGUACAUAAAAUGGAACGUUGUAAAGUUCUAGAACCUUGAAGAGAACAGUGAUCAUGGCGAUUCAUCUGACAAAGGGAACCCGGAGAGAACACAUCAGACUGAAGAUACACACUCUUUUGUUUACUACACCAUGAAUGCAUAGUAAUAAACUUGACAACCUUAA